AUGCCUGUUAUGAAGGGAUUACUGGCACCCCAGAACACCUUCCUCGACACCAUCGCCACCCGGUUUGACGGCACACAUAGUAACUUUAUCCUUGCAAAUGCUCAGGUGGCUAAGGGAUUCCCCAUUGUUUACUGCUCUGAUGGCUUCUGCGAGCUUGCUGGAUUUGCACGGACUGAAGUCAUGCAGAAGAGCUGCAGCUGUAAAUUCUUACUUGGUGCUGAAACAAAUGAGCAGAUGAUUCUUCAAAUUGAGAAAUCGUUGGAGGAAAAGAUAGAAUUUAAAGGAGAAAUCAUGUUCUAUAAGAAGAAUGGGUCUUCAUUCUGGUGCUUACUGGAUAUUGUUCCUAUAAAGAAUGAAAAAGGAGAUGUGGUACUCUUUCUGGCCUCUUUCAAAGACAUAACAGACACAAAAGCGAAGAUUGCCGCAGAAGACAAAAAGGAAGAAAAAUGGAAAGGAAGAGGAAGAGCAGGAUCGCAUUUUGAGUCGGCACGCAGACGGAGUAGAGCUGUCCUUUAUCACAUCUCUGGACAUCUACAAAGAAGAGAGAAGAACAAAUUAAAAAUUAACAAUAAUGUUUUUGUAGAUAAACCAGCAUUUCCAGAAUACAAAGUUUCAGAUGCAAAAAAAUCCAAAUUCAUAUUGCUGCAUUUUAGCACUUUUAAAGCUGGCUGGGACUGGCUUAUUUUACUGGCAACGUUUUAUGUUGCUGUGACUGUACCUUACAAUGUUUCCUUUAUUGGCCAUGAUGAGCUGUCUACAACUCGAAGCACAACUGUCAGUGACAUCGCAGUGGAAAUUCUCUUCAUCAUCGAUAUUAUUUUAAAUUUCCGAACAACAUAUGUCAGCAAGUCUGGCCAAGUGAUAUUUGAAGCAAGAUCUAUUUGUAUCCACUAUGUGACCACGUGGUUUAUCAUUGACUUAAUUGCUGCACUUCCUUUUGAUCUUCUUUAUGCUUUCAACGUCACUGUGGUUUCCCUUGUCCACCUUCUGAAGACCGUGCGGCUCCUGCGCCUGUUGCGCCUCCUGCAGAAGCUGGAUCGCUACUCCCAGCACAGCACAAUCGUUCUCACCCUUCUCAUGUCCAUGUUUGCCUUGCUUGCUCACUGGAUGGCCUGCAUCUGGUAUGUCAUAGGGAAAAGGGAGAUGGAGCAGAAUAACCCCCUUACCUGGGACAUAGGUUGGCUUCAUGAGCUAGGAAAACGAAUUGAAUCUCCUUAUUAUGAGAAUAAUACACUUGGAGGCCCAUCAAUCAGAAGUGCCUAUAUAGCUGCCCUGUAUUUCACUCUCAGCAGCCUCACCAGUGUUGGCUUUGGAAAUGUUUCAGCCAACACUGAUGCUGAAAAGAUCUUCUCCAUUUGCACAAUGCUGAUUGGGGCUCUGAUGCAUGCCUUGGUGUUUGGCAAUGUGACUGCCAUAAUUCAGAGGAUGUACUCCAGAUGGUCUCUAUAUCACACAAGAACUAAGGAUUUGAAGGACUUUAUCCGGGUCCAUCACCUGCCACAGCAGCUAAAGCAAAGGAUGCUUGAAUAUUUCCAAACCACGUGGUCUGUCAAUAAUGGAAUUGAUUCCAAUGAGCUUUUAAAAGACUUCCCAGAUGAGCUGCGUUCAGACAUCACCAUGCACUUGAACAAGGAGAUUUUGCAGCUUUCCCUCUUCGAGUGUGCCAGUCGUGGCUGCCUCAGGUCUCUGUCUCUGCACAUCAAAACCUCCUUCUGUGCUCCUGGGGAAUACCUCCUCCGGCAGGGGGAUGCCCUGCAAGCGAUCUACUUCGUGUGCUCAGGUUCCAUGGAAGUCCUGAAGGACAGCACUGUGCUGGCAAUCCUUGGUAAAGGAGAUUUAAUUGGAGCAAACCUAUCCAUUAGGGAUCAAGUUAUUAAAACAAAUGCAGAUGUUAAAGCUCUAACAUACUGUGACCUCCAAUGUAUUAUCCUCAAAGGUCUCUUUGAAGUGCUCGACCUUUACCCAGAGUAUGCUCACAAGUUUGUUGAAGACAUCCAGCAUGAUCUCACUUACAAUCUGAGAGAAGGCCAUGAAAGUGAUGUAAUAUCAAAAUUAUCCAACAAGCCUACACUAUCCCAGACAGAGCUCAAGGGAAAUGGAAAUAUAAAGAAGAGACUCCCUUCCAUUGUGGAAGAUGAAGAUGAGGAAGAGGAGGGAGAAGAAGAAAGCAGCACCCUUUCACCAAUUGAUACACGAAGCACAAAUAGCUCCCAGCAGAAGAAGACUGCAAGCAGCAAAAGCCACCUAGGGAGAAACUUGAAGCAGCUGGCCUCAGGAACUGUGCCCUUUCAUUCCCCCAUCCGUGCUUGCAGUUCAAAUCCCUCAAGAGCCAAACAUGAAACAGAGCUCCAUUACUACUCCAGAAGGAAGGAAAAAAACCUUAAAUUGUACCUGUCAGCACUGACCACCAGCGGCCCACCAGAUAUGAGCCCAAGAAUUGUCGAUGGGAUUGAGGAUGGAAACCAUAAUGAAGAAAGCCAAACCUUUGACUUCAGCUCUGAUCAGCUCAGGCAGGAAUCCAGGUUAUCUCCUACAACUGGAGAGGCUGAAAUUGGUGCUGCUGUGCUCGUUAUCAAAGCAGAAGAGACCAAACAGCAGAUCAGCAGGCUUAAUAAUGAGAUGACAUCUUUAAGUCAAGAAGUCUCACAACUACGUAAGGAUAUGAAAAAUGUGAUGCAUCUUCUGGAAAACCUGCUCACGUCCCAGAAGCCUCCAGGAUUCUGUGCUGUGCACAGCCUAUCUCGAAGUCCCACACUGGACAGUCUGCAGCCUCGAGUGGCUUGGACUACACAUCAACCCUGCUCGCACAUGCAAGCUGGGAACUUCACUUGCACCAAAGCACAACUUUGUCGUGGAAACACACUAUGUGACAUUUGGAAUACAGAUCUGUCUUCUGUAGGCAGCAGUCCCCAAAGGACUGAACCCAACCUGCAAAAUUCUAUGGAUGGUGAACUUUAUUAUACAACAGGCCUUCAAAAUUCCCCUUCCCAGUAUCAGGUAAUUCAGAAAGACAAUCUGCAGUUUUUAAGAAGCACCUCUCCCCAUUCAGACACUACCCUGACUCCUCUUCAGUCUAUUUCAGCAACGCUUUCUCCUUCAGUAUGCUCUUCAUCAGAGACAUCACUGCACCUAGUGCUGCCCAGCAGAUCAGAGGAAGGGAGUUUUAGCCAAGGAGCAAUCAGCUCACUAAGUCUUGAAAACCUGCCAGGAUCAUGGGACCUGGAAGGAACAGCCGGAGUAACUUCUGCACAGACCCCAGAUUUCCCAGUAGACAUUGUGACAAGCACAAGGGAUGUUAAAGAUAAAGACUGCCAAGCCAUAGAUGUAUGA